AUGGCCUGGCCACGAGUAGCCCAUGCCACGAGAGAGGUCGCCUACCGCUGCUGCUUGAGCGUCUGCAUCUCUCUAUUUGUUUCCUCCUGUGGCUUCAGCAAAUGGCGGGUUUCAUCCAUUUGUAGCAAAGCCCCCCCACAUGGGAGUUUUGAACGUCCAGGUUUGCAGCUAGGCGAUCGAAGCGAAGUUGGCGGGCCCUCCCACGACCCCGCAGGCAGCAUGAGCACCUGCAUCCAGAUUACGGAGGGCGUGGUGCCGGGCAUUAACCGCCUUGCGCUGAAAGGCCACAUGGAGCAGUUUGGCCAGGUGGAUCUGGUUCACAUGGGCAAUCGGCAAAACCCGGAAGAGGAGCCCCCCAAGGUUCGCUUCUCGACGCCUGAAGCUGCACAGAGGGCGCUGGAAGCCAUAAACGCUGGACAAGUUGUGAUAGAUGGGAUGCUCCUCAAGGCGCAAUACAUGCAGGGGAAGGGUAGGGGUCGUGGUGCACCGCCCACGGCCACAGAGCGGAAUCUGGAAGUCACGAGCCGUGACCUCUUCCUGGAGCGUGAGCGCGCCCGAGCUGCAGCGAGGGGCGGAGGUGGAGGUGGUGGAAAAGAGCGAAGCCGCAGCCGAGAUCGCAGCCGCGACCGCCGUCGAAGGCGGAGAAGCAGCGAUAGCAGCAGGUCAAAGCGGCGCCGACGCAGCACAAGCAAAAGCCGUGGCAGGAGAAGAUGA